AACAAGCAGAAAAGAAAGAACUUCACAGAGGCGGAUAGAGAGAGAGAGAGAGAGAGAAAGACAGAGAGAGACAGAGAGAGACAGAGAGAUGGAUGAGGAAGACUCCAAAGGGAAGGACACGUCGCAGCCGGAGGUCCGGUACCGGGGGGUGCGUCGGCGGCCGUGGGGGAAGUUCGCCGCGGAGAUCCGCGACUCAGCCCGCCAUGGGGCCCGCGUGUGGCUUGGAACGUUCAACACCGCCGAGGAGGCGGCGAGGGCCUACGACCGGGCUGCGUACAACAUGAGGGGCCAAACGGCGGUCCUCAACUUCCCCCAUGAGUACCCUUCGUCGGCCAACCCCUCUUCUUCAGCCGCCUCCUCUUCUUCCGCUUCGGCAUGGAGGGCGGCCGAGGCAAGGCCAACGGGCAGCAGCGAGCGGGGGAGGCCAGUGUUCGAGUUCGAGUGCUACGACGACAAGCUGCUUGAGGAGCUUCUUGAGUACGAGGAGAAGAAGGGCAAGAAGUGAGGGAAGGGCGGGUGCUGUUUCAAAAUUUCGCUGUGCUGUUGAGACUUGUGAGAUAAGUGUUGCAUCCUUACUCUACAGGAAAAUCUGCAUAAUUGGAUGUGACAGACAAAACGAAAACAAUAUCUUCUUGAUUAUGUAUCUACGUGUUGUUUUGUUUCUUUUCCCUUCUUUUUCCUUUUCUUUUUGCCUUUUUGAGUCCAAAAGCUCACAGAUUCAAUGCUUAGGUGUUGUCUUCUAGAGAAGUAAGAACGCUUCGGCGAACUUCUUUCAUGUCACGUACCCAAGUUACUGUUGAUCGCUAAUGGCUUUGCGUUUCUGAAGGUUUCUUCA